UCGCGUUUGGAUUUUAGGCGCCAUUUUCGAGUGGUGAAGCCGGAGCCGCCGGAGCGCCGGAGCAGGCGGGGAGGAGCGGGCAGCGAAGCCGAGCCUCGGGGCAGCCGCCGUCAUGCCGCCCCGCAAGAGGACCAAGCCGUCCACGGCCCAGCAGCCGCCGCCCGACGAGCCGGACGGGCCGGAGCCGGAGCCGGAGGCCGAGCGGCCGCCGCAGGAUGACCCCGCCGCGCCCGGGGCCCCGGCCGCAGAGCCCCCCGAGCCCGAGCCGGACCUGCGCAGCCUGGAGGAGAUCCUGGGCGGCAUCCCCCCGCCGCCGCCCCCGGCCAUGACCAACGAGGCGGGGGCGCCGCGCCUCAUGAUCACGCACAUCGUGAACCUCAACUUCAAGUCGUACGCGGGCCGCAAGCUGCUGGGGCCCUUCCACAAGCGCUUCUCGUGCAUCAUCGGCCCCAAUGGCAGCGGCAAGUCCAACGUCAUUGACUCGAUGCUCUUCGUGUUCGGCUACCGAGCCCAGAAGAUCCGCUCCAAGAAGCUGUCGGUGCUGAUCCACAACUCGGACGAGCACCGGGACCUGGAGAGCUGCACCGUGGAGGUGCACUUCCAGAAGAUCAUCGACCAGGAAGAGGAGGACUAUGAAGUGGUUCCUAACAGCAAUUUCUAUGUAUCUCGAACUGCCUAUAGAGAUAACACUUCCGUGUACCACAUAAGUGGCAAGAAAAAAACCUUCAAGGACGUGGGCAAUCUGCUCCGCAGCCACGGGAUCGACCUGGACCACAACCGAUUCCUGAUCCUGCAGGGUGAAGUUGAACAGAUUGCUAUGAUGAAACCAAAAGGCCAGACUGAACAUGAUGAGGGUAUGCUUGAAUAUUUAGAAGAUAUAAUAGGAUGUGGACGGCUAAAAGAACCUAUUCAAGUCUUGUGUCGAAGAGUUGAAAUAUUAAAUGACCAAAGAGGAGAGAAGUUAAACAGAGUUAAAAUGGUAGAGAAAGAAAAGGAUGCCUUAGAAGGAGAGAAAGAUACAGCCAUCAAAUUUCUCACUCUGGAAAAUGAAGUGUUCAAGAAAAAGAAUCACGUCUGUCAAUAUUACAUUUAUGAUUUUCAGAAACGAAUUGCUGAAAUGGAAACUCAGAAGGAAAAAAUUCACGAAGAUACAAAAGAUAUUAACAAGAAAAGCAAUAAACUAGCAGAUGAAAUGAAAGCCAAGACUAAAGCUUUAAAAGAUGUUGAAAAGAAACUCAAUAAAGUUACAAAAUUUAUUGAGGAAAACAAAGAGAAAUUUACACAGCUGGAUUUGGAAGAUGUUCAAGUUAGGGAAAAAAUGAAACAUGCUAAAAAUAAAGCUAAGAAACUUGAGAAGCAGCUCCAAAAAGAUAAAGAAAAGGUUGAGGAAUUUAAAGGUGUACCUGCCAGCAGUGAAAAGGUAAUCACUGAAACAACAGCUAAAAAGAGUAUUCUGGAAAAGGAAAAGGAGAAAGAGGAUGAAAAAUUAAAGCAAGUUAUGGAUAGCCUUAAACAGGAAACAAAGGAACUUCAGGAGGAAAAAGAGAGCCAAGAAAAAGAACUCAUGGAAUUUAGUAAAAUUGUAAAUGAAGCUCGAUCCAAGAUGGAUGUUGCCCAAUCUGAACUUGAUAUCUACCUCAGUCACCAUAAUACUGCUGUGUCUCAAUUAAGUGAGGCCAAAAAAGCCUUAACUACAGCUUCUGAGACUUUGAAAGAAAGGAAAGCUGCCAUUAGAAAUCUUGAAAUUAAAUUACCUCCUGCUGAACGGGACCUAAAGGAGAAAGAAAUUGAACUUCAAAGACUGACAAAAGAAGCAACAUAUAUUGAAAAUUCGGUUCGGGAUCUUCUUCAAAAAGUUGAAGAAGCAAAAAGUUCUUUUGCAACAAAUCACAGUCGAGGAAAAGUUCUUAAUGCAUUGAUUCAGCAGAAAAAAUCUGGCAAAAUUCCAGGAAUAUAUGGAAGAUUGGGAGACUUGGGAGCCAUUGAUGAAAAAUAUGACAUUGCCAUUUCAUCUUGUUGUGGCGCUCUGGACUACAUUGUUGUUGACACUAUUGAUACAGCCCAAAUCUGUGUGAACUUCCUGAAGAAACAAAAUAUUGGGGUGGCAACAUUUAUUGGGUUAGAUAAGAUUAAAGUUUUAGAAAAAAAUAUGAACCCAAUCCAAACUCCUGAAAACACACCUCGCUUAUUUGAUUUAGUCAAAGUAAAAGACGAGAAGAUUCGGCGAGCCUUUUACUUUGCUUUACAUGAUACUUUGGUAGCUAACAAUUUGGACCAAGCAACAAGAGUGGCCUUUCAGAAAGAUAAGAGAUGGAGAGUUGUGACAUUACAGGGACAAAUCAUAGAACAAUCAGGUACAAUGACUGGUGGUGGAAGCAAACCAAUGAAAGGCAGAAUGGGUUCCUCACUUGUCGUUGAAGUCUCUGAAGAAGAGGUAUCCCAGAUGGAAUCCAGAUUGCAGAAGGACUCCCAAAAAGCUGUUCAAAUCCAAGAACGCAAAGCACAGCUUGAAGAAGAAGUAAUUAAACUGCGUCACAGUGUGCAAGAGAUGAGAAACACAUUGGAAAAGUUUGCUGCAAGCAUCCAGAGUUUAUCAGAACAAGAAAAAUACUUGAAUGUUCAAGUGAAAGAGCUUGAAGUCAAUGUCCGUGAUACUGUUCCUGACAAGAAAAAGCAGAAAUUGCUAGAAACAAAUAUAAGUAUUUUCAAGAAAGAGUAUGAGCAUGUUGCUGAGAAGGCUGGCAAGGUCGAAGCCAAAGUCAAAAGGCUGCAUAAUUUAAUUGUGGAGAUCAAUAAUCAUAAGCUUAAAGCCCAGCAAGACAAACUUGACAAGAUCAACCAACAGUUGGAUCAAUGCGCAUCUGCUAUCACAAAAGCCCAAGUAGCAGUAAAGACAGCAGACAGAAAUCUUAGAAAAGCACAAGACUCUGUCCUUCGCACAGAGAAAGAAAUCAAGGAUAAUGAGAAGGAAGUGGAAGACCUAUCCGACAAGCUAAAAAACCUGGAAGAGAAGGCGACUGAGGUCAUGAAGAAUUCCAAGGAAGCCGGGGAGUCCUUACCCGAGAUCCAGAAGGAGCAUCACGACCUGCUUCAAGAAAUAAAAGCAAUUAAAGAAAACGAACAUGCCCUUCAAAAUGAUGCACUGAGUAUUAAGCUAAAACUCGAACAGCUAGACAGCCACAUUGCUGAAUAUCAUUCUAAAGUCAAAUACUGGCAGAAGGAGAUUGCAAGAAUAUCAUUGCAUCCAAUAGAAGAUACUCCAGUUGAAGAGAUUUCUGUUCUAAGCCAAGAGGAUUUGGAAGCAAUACAGAAUCCUGAUUCUCUGACGAAUCAAAUUGCUCUUCUAGAAGCCCAGUGUCAUGAGAUGAAACCAAACCUUGGCUCCAUUGCAGAAUAUAGAAAGAAGGAAGAGCUAUACCUGCAGCGGGUGGCAGAGCUGGACAAGAUCACCACCGAAAGGGAGCGCUUUAGACAGGCCUACGAAGACUUGCGGAAGCAGAGGCUGAAUGAGUUCAUGGCAGGCUUUAACAUCAUCACCAACAAGCUGAAGGAGAAUUAUCAGAUGCUGACUCUGGGAGGUGAUGCCGAAUUGGAGCUGGUUGACAGCUUGGACCCCUUCUCUGAGGGAAUCAUGUUUAGUGUCCGACCGCCCAAAAAAAGUUGGAAGAAGAUCUUCAAUCUUUCAGGAGGAGAGAAAACACUCAGUUCUCUGGCUCUGGUCUUUGCUCUCCAUCAUUAUAAGCCCACACCCCUUUAUUUCAUGGAUGAAAUUGAUGCAGCCCUUGAUUUUAAGAAUGUGUCCAUUGUGGCAUUUUACAUAUAUGAACAAACGAAAAAUGCCCAGUUUAUAAUCAUUUCACUUCGAAAUAACAUGUUUGAGAUUGCCGAUAGGCUCAUUGGAAUUUACAAGACCCACAACAUAACCAAAAGUGUUGCAAUAAAUCCCAAAGUCAUCGCGUCUAAAGGACUUUGCUGAACCUUAGCCUGUUGUGACAGCCUGCCAUGGCUAUGGGAGCUCCCCUUUUUAGAAAGCCACAGCAAACGUGCCCUCUCUGGUCACCCAAACGAAACCAGCUGGAGUGGAAUGGGGAAGGCCAUGUCAUUCCAUAAAGAACCUGUAAUGGAGUUCUCUGCUGUUAGUGUUGUUGAGACAAUGGGAACCUUCCCCGGGUGGCCUCUAAGGGCAGCCAUCCCAGAAGCCAUUGGUGAAGGGCUCGUUGACCCGCCUGCAUUUUUGGAAGAGCGCCAAAAGAAAUGGCAAUGAGUUGGCUCAAGUAGCAGCAAAGAUGCCAGGGUGGGCACAGUCAGGGCAGAUGCUGGCCUAACACUUGAAGGUGUGUCCGUGCAUCAUCCUCGGAUGCUGAUACCAACCUUGUUCUAGCCUGCCUGAGGGAUGAAGAAGCAGGCCAAGGACUGGCCAAUGGUGCUUCUGGAGUUCGAGCCAAGCUCUCCUCCUAACUCUCAGAGCCUUUCCCAUAGUGCCUCACAAAUAAAAGCCCAGCAGAAGAAAAGCAGUGUUGCCAGGACUCAAUAGUUGUGAUGAAGUUUGUCUCGGUCAGACAGUUAAUGGCUUUCAAGAUGCCCAUGCUGGAUUGGGAAGGUUGGAGGGUUUGGGUCAUGUGGAGCACCACCUUGAUUUGUUCAGCUUGACCCCAGAGCAGCAGCAGCAGGAGGGGCGGCUUGGGCCUCAAGGCCAGGAGAACCUGUCUACCAUGCCUGCUCCUGCUCCAAGCUGUUCUCUUGCCCUGUGUCUUGGAUGGACAGUUUGCUGACCUGCCCUGCUAAAGGGGGCUUCCUCACCCCAGGGUGAGCUCGACGAGUGGUCGUCUUCACACCAAGGCAGGGGACCAGCGCUGUGCUGUCUUGUGGACUGUACUUUUGCUGCCAUUCCUCUUCCUCUUGGGUUCUAUACAGUCAUCUUUUCCUUCUGGGCCAAGUGCUCAUGGUCAUUCACCAGCUUCCAAGACAUUGCCUCUUCUUUUUCCUUUGUCAUGAACUAGACCCCAGCUUCUUCAACUAAAUGUGGGGUUUGUGGAAAACUUGGCAAUACUAAUGGGUUACAUCCAGCUAUUUUACAGACCCAUAUACCCGGGGUCGUGAGUGGACAAAGUCUAAGCACCCUGGGCCUAGACCAACAAACAUUUACAAGUGCCAGAAAACAGAUUCUAUAGGAAACCAUUUGUUGUGGUUUAUUUUUUUUUUAAAGAAAUCUAACAUGUUUGUACCAAUGUUACUGUGCCUGUCUUUCUGUCCUCUUCCAGAUUUAUAUGGUUUUUAAGGUAGUGUUCAUUUAUAGAAGCAUAUUCCAUCUAUUUCAGCUUAUAAAAAUAAGGAAAUUACUGUUUUGAUUUAAUAAAUUCCGUUCUCUGAAUUACCCAACAUGCCAAUGAUUAAAAAGUCUUACCUA